AUGGCGAGGGCCGAAGACGAACACGACACUGUCGAGCACGCCGUCUCGUCCCAUCCGACGCCACCUACCUCGUCUCCGCGAUCGCCGUCCGAAGACCUGGACGAGGCGUCCAAGCUGUCCAAGGGCGACGACGAGCACCGUCAUCAGCUCGUCGUCCCGUUCGUCCUCCAGACGGCGUCCACGUCGACGUCGUCGCUCCUGCGGUCCCCACUGGACGGCCAGCCGGAGACGCCCAAGGUGUCCGUCGGCGAAGAGGAGGCCGCGAAGCGACCUUCGCUCCUGCCGACGUCGACCUUCCUGUCCCCGCUGUCGGCGGGUCUGCAGGAGGCUGGUCAGACCACGACGACCGCCGUAGCUGUCACGACGACCGCGACCACGGCGGCGGCCAGCACGACCGUCGGCCCCUCGUCGCCGCUCGACCACGUCCUCAUCAUCGGCCACGGCCGAUUCCAGAGGAUCGUGCUGGCCUGCACCACGCUGGCCUUCUUCACGGCCAUCGUGCACGCGCUCGCCUCCACCAACCUGGCGAAACCCGUGGACCACUGGUGCAGCCCCCCGGCCGAGUACGCCUUCGUGUCCGAGGACGCGUGGAGGAACGUCAGCAUCCCGGUCCAUCGAGACGGUUCCGUGACGCGCAGAAGCCAGUGUCACCGGUACGAGCCUCCGUUCGAGCAUCCUGCCGGCAACCCCGACGUCGUCGCCCCUCCGGAAAACCGCAGCGUGGUACCCUGCGACGCCGGCUGGCACUACGAGACCGGCGCCAGUUCGGACAACCGGUCGCACCACGGCGCCUUCGGCUUCAAGCACGACCACUCCAUCGUGGUCGAGUGGGACCUGGUGUGCGACCGGGGCUGGAUUGUGUCCGCGCUCACGGCUGCCUACAUGGCCGGCGGUGUGGUUGGCGCUCCGGUGGCGGGCAUAGCGGCCGACCGCAUCGGUCGUCGGCCCGUGCUCUGCAUCUGGCUCCUGCUGCUCCUCUGCUCCGGCACCAUGCUCGUGUUCGCCCGCAACGUGGCCGUGUUUGCUGCGCUCCGGUUCCUGCUGUCGGCGGGCGCCUCGGGGGUGCUGGUGGCGUCCCACGUGUUGCUCUUCGAGGUGACCGACACGGAGCACCGCGCCCCGUACUGCGCCUGCGCCGUUGCGGGGGCCACGAUCGCUGCGACCGUGUACACCGAGAUAGUGUACGUCUACGUCCGCAACUGGCACGCUGCGCAGGUGGCCUACAUUGUGCCCACGUGCGGCCUCAUCGUCACGGUGUACCUGAUGGAGGAGUCUCCCUGCUGGCUACUCGCCGUCUCCGAGAUGCGCUACGCCGAGAGCGUGCUCGUGUGGGCGGCCGGCGUCAACAAAAUCGAGCCCCGCCUGUUCAAGCGCCGCCUCUCGUUGCUCAGGGUCGAGUUGAACAAGCAGCAUGAACAGCUGGUGAUGCAGCAAGAACCGGAAGGAGCCAUCGUCUCGGACCACGGUGAUUCAAUUGGUUUUCCUUCCGCGGGUAUAGACUCUGCGUACUAUAGACAGGAUAGACAUUGUCAUUUCCGAACGUAG